UCAGUAGUACAUAUGAGAUGGUUACAUAGAUGUAUAUAGUAUUAUUCAAUAUCAUGAUUUCAUCUUUACUUUCUAUCUAGAUUCUCUCUUUUUCGUUUGUUUUUAUAGAUCCUCUCUUUGACAUGGAAAAAGCUUCAAGCCCGGAAAAAUGGCAAGCCAAAGUGUCAGUCACGCUCACAAAAUCAAAGCCUGACCAAAUCUGGCUUCUCUUCACCGAUUUCUUCAAUUUCAACAAGUGGCUCCAAACGCUCACCACGUGUCACGGCGUCCACGGCAUCAACGGUGAACUCGGCUGCAUCAGAUUCUGCUCCGGCUCCUCCAUACGGUCCAACGGCGUAGAACCCACCGUGGGAUGGUCUAGGGAGAAGCUGGUGGCCGUUGAUCCCGUGGAGCGAGUGAUGAGAUACGAGAUAGUGGAAAGUAACAUUGGAUUCGAGUCAUAUGUCUCGACGGUGAGGAUAUUGCCACGUGAUGAAGAAGGUUGUGUGAUUGAGUGGGGUUUCACCGUUGAUCCCGUAGGAGGAUGGUCUCUAGAUGAUCUGGUGAAGAAGUAUGAGAAAGCACUCGGAAUAAUCGCCAAGAACAUGGAAGAGGCUUUGACAAGAACAUAGUCUUAUUUGAAAAGUUGUAGUAAAACUGAAUAGCAAAUAAAUCGAGAUGCUCUUUUUGCUUUGUUUUUGUCAUCCGUACUUCACUUCAAAGAUAGAUAAAAAAAAAAGAGAAUAGAUUCUCUAUUUUUAUA